AUGGACGACCCAAUCCAAGACAUCACCUCCGUCGUCCACCGUCUAACCCAAGGCUCCCCAAAGGAACAAGAAGAAACCAUCAACGAAUACUUCACCACAAACGCCUCCUUCACACACCCCUUCUGCCGAACAGGAAGCUUCGAAGGCAGUCGAUGGCUCAUCCACGCCAUUUUCCGGUGGUACAAAAUCCUCAGUCCGACGAUUGAAUUGAGCGUCAAUUCUGUUGCAUUCGACGAAACCUCCCUCCUCCUCUACGUCAGCAUCACGCAAACCUUCUCCAUCUUCUUCAUCCCCUUCUACUCCGCCCCCGUCAGCCUCACCACCGUCCUGCAACUCGUCCGGAAAUCCCCCUCGCGGAGAUACUACAUCCAAUCGCAAAGCGACCUCUACCAGACCGAUCAGUUCGUCAGAUUCUUCGCGCCCUGGGGGAUCGGAGCCACGAUCGUGUUGCUGUGGCAUUUCUGGGCGACGUUUGCGUGUGUGCUGGGCGCGUAUGUGGGUCAGCCGUUUACGAGGUGGAUGCAGAGGAGGGCGGAGAAGAGGAUCCAGGCGGGGCCGAAUGGUGUGGGGACGGCGGGGAACAGUGGCCAGUAUGUCAAGAUAACGAAGCAAUUAGGAGAGGGGAACUCCACUGGUGGGGACAGGCAGUUGCCCAGUACGAGGAUCGUCAAGGUGAACUAG